AUGAGUGGCCUUGUUUCCUCUGUUCCAAGCUUCUCAAGUUUCAGAGGACCAAACUUUGCUCUUUUAAGAAUGGGGAGUACUGGUGGACAUGACUAUGGUGCAUACACCUAUGAGAACCUCGAGAGGGAACCUUAUUGGCCUUCAGAAAAGCUUCGAAUUUCCAUUACUGGGGCAGGUGGCUUUAUCGCCUCACACAUUGCUCGGAGAUUGAAGAAUGAGGGCCAUUACAUUAUUGCUUCUGAUUGGAAGAAGAACGAGCACAUGACUGAAGACAUGUUCUGUCAUGAAUUCCAUCUCGUUGACCUUAGGGUCAUGGAUAAUUGCUUGAAGGUUACCAAGAAUGUUGACCAUGUGUUCAACCUCGCUGCCGAUAUGGGUGGGAUGGGCUUCAUCCAGUCCAACCAUUCUGUCAUUUUUUACAAUAAUACUAUGAUUAGCUUCAAUAUGGUGGAAGCUGCUAGAAUCAAUGGAGUGAAGAGGUUUUUCUAUGCUUCUAGUGCUUGCAUUUACCCUGAGUUUAAGCAGCUGGAAACCGAUGUGAGCUUGAAGGAGUCUGAUGCCUGGCCUGCAGAGCCUCAAGAUGCCUAUGGCUUAGAGAAGCUUGCAACUGAGGAGUUGUGCAAGCACUACACAAAGGACUUUGGAAUUGAGUGUCGUAUUGGAAGGUUCCAUAACAUUUAUGGUCCUUUUGGAACCUGGAAAGGUGGGAGGGAGAAGGCACCUGCUGCUUUUUGCAGAAAGACUCUCACUUCCACUGAUAAGUUUGAGAUGUGGGGAGAUGGACUUCAGACUCGAUCCUUCACCUUCAUCGAUGAAUGUGUAGAAGGUGUACUUCGGUUGACAAAGUCAGACUUCCGUGAGCCAGUGAAUAUUGGAAGUGACGAGAUGGUCAGCAUGAAUGAGAUGGCGGAGAUAGUUCUUAGCUUUGAGGACAAGAAGCUGCCUAUCCAGCACAUUCCUGGGCCAGAGGGUGUCCGUGGUCGUAACUCAGACAACACACUGAUUAAAGAGAAACUUGGCUGGGCUCCCACCAUGAAGUUGAAGGAUGGGCUGAGAAUUACAUACUUCUGGAUCAAGGAACAGAUUGAGAAAGAGAAGGCACAAGGCACUGACCUGUCGAUUUAUGGGUCAUCUAAGGUGGUGGGAACCCAAGCCCCAGUUCAACUUGGUUCGCUACGUGCUGCUGAUGGCAAAGAAUGA